UUGUCGCCUUUUACGACACCCACGGGAGGAUAUGGGGUAGUGGAUAUUCUUGACCGCCACUACACGGCAAUGACCGCCACUACACGGCAACUUUUACAAUCUUAUAAAAUUUAUACCGAUGCAUCUAGCGAUAAUGAUAUUAACAUAGGAGCUGCAUUUUUUGACCCUCAGUUAAACAUAUCAAUGAAAUUAAAAAUUAAUUCUAAAGUUUCAAUAAUGUGUGCUGAGCUAAUAGCUAUUUCAGAAGCUGUAUCGUACAUUGCAUCACUCAAUCACAAAUAUCAAUAUGUUAUUUUGACAGACUCUAAGAGUGCUCUGCAACACUUGGCUCGAUGUACUUCGAAUUUUCGAGGAACACCGAUAGCCUACAGUAUUUUGAAGUCUAUUGAUAGUUUAACCAAAAAAAAUGUAACUGUUGUGUUACAAUGGAUCCCUGCUCAUAUUGGCCUAGUAGGUAAUGAAGUGGUGGAUAGAUUAGCGAAGGAAGCUUCCUCUGACGGUAUUUUACGGCGUUAUUUACCUUUUUUCGCGGACUUUCUAUACAAAGUAAAAGAAAGAUGUGACACUUUGUGGAAGGAAUACUUUAAUGAGAGAUCUUUAACAAAAGCAAUAUGGUAUAAAACUAUUCAACCAAAUCUCUCCCGGUCUUCAUGGGUGGAUAAGGCUAAUAUGGGCAGGACCGAUAUCGUUACAGCUCUAAGGUUGCGAUCGGGACACAUACCAAUGAACAGCUUCGCAUUUUUGAUGGGAAAAGUCGAAUCCCCUAACUGUGUAGAAUGUGGCCAAAUAGAAGAUGUAGUGCACAUUUUGGUGGAGUGUGUUCGUAUCGAAGCCGAAAGAGUAAAUUUUUGCAAUAAAUAUAAUGUAAAUAGAUUAGAUAUCGGAUUUUGUAACAGUAUUCUGGCUUCACCAUUGUCUGAGGAAGCCAGAAUUUUGUACAAAAUAGUCCAAGUUGGACUUAAAAGAAGAUAA